UUUCGGUCCCUGCUCCCACCCUGCUCUGAGUCUGCGGACCCCGGGAGAGCAGGCGGUUUGUGGUUGUUUCCUCUGCCCGCGCGGGGCAUCACUUGGCGCGCUACAGAAAGCCCAGAGCUGUCCCGCAGCCGGGAUACUUACCGGCACCCGCAGACGCACCUACAGCUGCUGUCCGAGCCAGGGCACCCUCACCCUGCGCUCCCCGGCGUCCUGCUCUGCGGCGCGAGUUCCACCUCCGCGCCUUCUUGGAGGGGCGGGCCGGGGGAGAAAGAACCGGCGCUUAAAUUCUGGGCGCUGCGCCCGGCGCGAGGUGCGGGAUGGGGAGCAAGGCGCUGCUGGCCAUCGCUCUGUGGCUCUGCGUGGAGACCUGGGUUGCCUCUGUGGGUUUGCCUGGUAUUUCUCUUGAUCCACCCAGGCUCAGUGUACAAAAAGACAUCCUUACAAUUAUGGCUAAUACAACUCUUCAAAUUACUUGCAGGGGACAGUGGGACUUGGACUGGCUCUGGCCCAACAAUCGGAGUGGCUCUGAGAAAAGAGUGGAGGUGACUGAAUGCAGUGACAGCUUCUUCUGCAAGACACUCACAAUUCCGAAAGUGAUCGGAAAUGAUACUGGAGCCUACAAGUGCUUUUACCGGGACAGGGACUCGGCCUCGGUUGUUUAUGUCUACGUUCAAGAUUACAGAUCUCCAUUUAUUGCUUCUGUUAGUGACCAACAUGGAGUUGUGUACAUCACAGAGAACAAAAACAAAACCGUGGUGAUACCAUGUCUUGGGUCCAUUUCAAACCUCGAUGUGUCACUUUGCGCAAGGUAUCCAGAAAAGAGGUUUGUUCCCGAUGGUAACAGAAUUUUCUGGGACAGCAAGAAGGGCUUUACUAUUCCCAGCUACAUGAUCAGCUAUGCUGGCAUGGUCUUCUGUGAAGCAAAAAUUAACGAUGAAAGUUACCAGUCAAUUAUGUACAUCGUUGCAGUUGUAGGGUACAAGAUUUAUGAUGUGGUUCUGAGCCCUCCUCAUGGAGUCGAGCUAUCUGUCGGAGAGAAGCUUGUUUUAAAUUGUACAGCAAGGACUGAACUAAAUGUGGGGAUUGACUUUACCUGGGAAUACCCUUCUUCGGAGCAUCAGCAUAAGAAACUUGUAAACCGGGACCUAAAAGCCCAGUCCGGGAGUGAGAUGAAGAAAUUUUUGAGCACCUUCACUGUAGAUGCUGUAACCCGGAAUGACCAGGGGUGGUACACCUGCGCAGCGUCCAGUGGGAUGAUGACCAGGAAGAACAGCACAUUCGUCAGAGUCCAUGAAAAACCUUUUGUUGCUUUUGGUAGCGGCAUGGAAUCUUUGGUGGAAGCCACAGUGGGAGACCGUGUCAGAGUCCCUGUGAAAUACCUUGGUUACCCUUCCCCGGAAAUAAAAUGGUAUAAAAAUGGAAGACCCAUUGAGUCCAAUCAUACAAUUAAAGUGGGGCAUGUACUGACUAUUAUGGAAGUGAGUGAAAAAGAUACAGGAAAUUACACUGUCAUCCUUACCAAUCCCAUUUCAAAGGAGAAACAGAGCCAUGUGGUAUCUCUGGUUGUUAAUGUACCCCCGCAGAUUGGCGAGAAAUCUCUGAUUUCUCCUGUGGACUCUUACAAGUACGGCACCACCCAAACGCUGACAUGCACAGUUUAUGCCAUUCCUCCCCCGCGUUACGUCUACUGGUAUUGGCAGCUGGAGGAAGAGUGCACCUACAACCCCACUCAAGCUGUCUUAAUGACAAACCCAUAUACUUGUAAAGAUUGGAGAAAUGUGGAGGACUUCCAGGGGGGAAAUAAAAUUGAAGUCAACAAAAAUCAAUUUGCCCUAAUUGAAGGAAAAAACAAAACUGUAAGUACUCUUGUUAUCCAAGCAGCAAAUGUGUCAGCUUUGUACAAAUGUGAAGCGGUCAACAAAGCUGGGAGAGGCGAGAGGGUUAUCUCCUUUCACGUAACCAGGGGUCCUGAAAUCACUGUGCAACCUGGUGGCCAGCCAACUGAGCAGGAGAGUGUGUCUUUGUGGUGCAGCGCAGACAGAACUACAUUUGAGAACCUCACAUGGUACAAACUUGGCCCACAGGCUGUGCCCACACCUGUUUGCAAGAACUUGGAUGCUCUUUGGAAAAUGAAUGCUACCAUGUUCUCUAAUAGCACAAAUGACAUUCUGAUCAUGGAGCUCCAGAACACAUCUUUGCAGGAUCAAGGAGACUAUGUCUGCUUUGCUCAGGACAGGAAGACCAAGAAAAGACAUUGUGUGGUCACGCAGCUCACAAUCCUAGAACGCAUGGCACCAAGGAUGACAGGAAACCUGGAGAACCUGACGACAAGUAUUGGCGAAACCAUUGAAGUUUCAUGUACAGCGUCUGGGAAUCCCCUUCCACGGAUAUCAUGGUUUAAAGAUAAUGAGACACUUGUGGAAGACUCAGGCAUCAUACUGAAAGAUGGGAACCAGAACCUAACUAUCCCUAGGGUGAGGAAGGAGGAUGAAGGUCUCUACACCUGCCAAGCAUGCAGUGUUCUUGGGUGUGCGAAAGUGGAAGCAUUUUUCAUAGUAGAAGGUGCCCAGGAGAAGACGAACUUGGAAGUCAUUAUUCUAGUAGGCACUGCAGUGAUUGCCAUGUUCUUCUGGCUACUUCUCGUCAUCAUUCUACGGACCGUUAAACGGGCCAAUGGAGGGGAACUGAAGACAGGCUACUUGUCCAUUGUCAUGGACCCAGAUGAACUCCCCUUGGAUGAACACUGUGAACGCCUGCCUUAUGAUGCCAGCAAAUGGGAAUUCCCCAGAGACCGGCUGAAACUAGGUAAGCCUCUUGGCCGUGGUGCCUUUGGCCAAGUGAUUGAAGCAGAUGCCUUUGGAAUCGACAAGACAGCAACUUGCAAGACAGUGGCUGUCAAAAUGUUGAAAGAAGGAGCAACACACAGUGAACAUCGAGCCCUCAUGUCUGAACUCAAGAUCCUCAUUCACAUUGGCCACCAUCUCAAUGUGGUCAACCUUCUAGGUGCCUGUACCAAGCCAGGAGGGCCACUCAUGGUGAUUGUGGAAUUCUGCAAGUUUGGAAACCUAUCAACUUACUUGAGGAGCAAGAGAAAUGAAUUUGUCCCCUACAAGACCAAAGGGGCACGGUUCCGUCCAGGGAAAGAAUACGUUGGAGAAAUUACCGUGGAUCCUAAACGCCGCUUGGACAGUAUCACCAGUAGCCAGAGCUCAGCCAGCUCUGGAUUUGUUGAGGAGAAAUCUCUCAGUGAUGUGGAGGAGGAAGAAGUUUCUGAAGAUCUGUAUAAGAACUUUCUGACCUUGGAGCAUCUCAUCUGUUACAGCUUCCAAGUGGCCAAGGGCAUGGAGUUUUUGGCAUCACGGAAGUGUAUCCACAGGGACCUGGCAGCACGAAAUAUCCUCUUGUCAGAGAAGAACGUGGUUAAAAUCUGUGACUUUGGCUUGGCCCGGGACAUUUAUAAAGACCCAGACUAUGUCAGAAAAGGAGAUGCACGCCUCCCUUUGAAAUGGAUGGCCCCAGAAACAAUUUUUGACAGAGUGUACACAAUUCAGAGUGAUGUGUGGUCUUUUGGUGUCUUGCUCUGGGAAAUAUUUUCCUUAGGUGCUUCUCCAUAUCCUGGAGUAAAGAUUGAUGAGGAAUUUUGUAGGCGAUUGAAAGAAGGAACUAGAAUGAGGGCUCCUGAUUAUACCACACCAGAAAUGUACCAGACCAUGCUUGACUGCUGGCAUGGGGAGCCCAAUCAGAGACCCACGUUUUCAGAAUUGGUAGAACAUCUGGGAAAUCUGUUACAAGCUAAUGCUCAGCAGGAUGGCAAAGACUACAUCGUUCUUCCUAUAUCGGAGACUUUGAGCAUGGAGGAGGAUUCUGGACUCUCUCUGCCUACCUCACCUGUUUCCUGUAUGGAGGAAGAGGAAACAUGUGACUAAGUUCCAU